UUUGACUCUUAUCGCACUUUCCAGAAAGUUUGCUGACUGGGAGCGUCUUCUUGACGAUUUCCCAUGUGUCAGAUAGAUAACUCCAUAGAAUUCAGCUUCUGAGAACCAGCCAGAAGCAUGCAGUGACAUUGCAUAACCUGCCUCUGAAGCCGGAGAUAGCCGUGGAGCUCAGCGCAGCUGGGUCACAUCACUGACAUGAGGGGAACGAGCAUCAGGGAUGGAGGACCCAAGACACUGUUGGCCAGGGCUCUUUAUGACAACCAUCCUGACUGCUCCGAUGAGCUGGCCUUCUCCAGAGGAGACAUCCUGACCAUUUUGGAGCAAAAUGUGCCGGAAAGCGAGGGCUGGUGGAAGUGUCGGCUGCAUGGGAGGCAGGGCCUGGCCCCUGCCAACCGCCUCCAAAUCCUCCCGGAGGCCCCUGAGGAUAGAUCCUGUCCCCCAUUCCCAGGAGGCUUGGAAAAAACCAUCACUAACUCAGAGGAGACCUACCAAGUGCCCACAGUGCUGCCCACUCCACCCCCAGGCCCUGUGUAUGAGCCGAUGAAGAGCUGGGUGGAGGAGCCUUUGCCACCUGCUGCCCAAGUCUACGAGUUCCCUGACCCACCUCCCACCGCCAGAAUCGUCUGUGAAAAGACUUUAAGCUUUCCAAAACAGACCCUCUUUGUGCUUCCCAGACCUUCGAGGGCCUCGCUGCCAACUCUGCCUUCCCAACUGUACGACGUGCCCGUGCAGAGCCGGGUCCCCUCGGCCCUUAAGGAGCCGGAGAAGCAGCAGUUAUAUGACAUACCGCCCAGUCCCCAAAAGGCAGCACUCCACCUUCCAGCCAGCCAAGCAGGCGACAUUCCUCUGAAACCAGUGUUGGCAUUUAGAAGAGAGGGCUGCAGCACAUUGCCAAGCCCUCAGAAAUCAGAAUGGAUUUAUGACACUCCAGUGUCUCUGGGCAAGGCCAAUGUCAGAAAUGCAUCUCUAGCCAGCUUCGUGGAAGAAGCAGGGCCAAAUGCUGUCCCCAGUUCCAGCUCUACUUUCCAUAGACCUCCAGAUACCAAAGUCAGGAUCCUCCCUUCACAGCCAAGUAAAAAGGUGCCCAUGAAGAAGAAUCCCAGCCUUUCAGAUGUCCCUUCCUACACCAUCCUAGUGCCCAGGAACACACUCUCUUCAGAUGCAGGCGCCAGCUACAAGGUGCCUUCCAGCUUUCUGAUUCCCCGAGUGGAGCAGCAGAACACCAAGCCCAAUAUUUAUGACAUCCCUAAAGCAAUGCCAAGUGUGUCCCAGGCAGGGAAAGAACAGGGAAAAGCCAAGGAGGUUCCAGAGAACCCCCGGGGCCACAAUUCCUUCGAGUUCCCCAGACGAAAAACUUCCCUAUCUCCAGAACCAGACAGAUCAUCCAUUGCCAGCUCGGACAGCAGAGCCAGUGUGGUUUCUUCCUGCUCCUCCAUAUCAACUGACUCCUCUUCUAGCUCCUCCUUGGAGGACUCAGCCAAGGAGCUCUCCCUGGAUCUGCACUUAGCCAAAGAGACAGCAAUGAGCCUACAGCACAAAGUGGUCAGCUCUGCAGCAAGCCUGCUGCUCUUUGUAAGUAGGAAGUGGAGGUUCAGAGACUCUCUGGAGGCCAACAUUGAUGGGAUCCACAGGGCUGCUGACCACAUAGAAGGAGCUUUAAAAGAAUUUCUGGAUUUUGCCCGAGGAGUUUAUGGGUCAACCUGCAACGUCACUGACAGUCAUCUUAGGGCCAGAAUUCGAGAUCAGUUACAGACAAUCUCCAAUUCCUACCAGAUCCUGCUAGAAACCAAGGAAAACCUGGACAGCUGCAAUUGGUCCCUCGAAGUUCUUGUGACAGACAAAGUUCAGAACAGCCUCGAUGACCUUGAGAGGUUUGUCAUGGUGGCACGGAUGGUUCCAGAAGAUGUCAAGAGAUUUUCCUCCAUUGUCAUUGCCAAUGGGAGGCUGCUCUUUAAGGAGAAUUGUGAAAAAGAAGAGACCAUCCAGUUGUCCCCAAAUGCAGAAUUUACGUGUAAAAAAGGCAUCCAGCUUCCACAAAGAGAAGUAGAAUCAUACCAAAAGAGGGCUCCUUUUAAUAAAGCAAGGGAAAACUACCAUUCCCCUGAAGUACUUAAGAAAAAUGGGACAAGUGCCCCUGAACAGAAUCCUGGCUGUCUUGUAGCCCAGCCUUUGACUCAGCAGAACCCCGGGAGGAAAGUGCACCUUUCUGAACACUGCCGCCUCUAUUUUGGGGCGCUCUUCAAAGCCAUCAGCGUAUUCCACAGCAGCCUCAGCAACAGCCAGCCUCCAGAGAUCUUUAUCACUCAGAGCAAGCUGGUCAUCAUGGUGGGGCAGAAGCUGGUGGACACUCUGUGCAAGGAGACCCAGGAGAAGGAUGUGCGUAACGAGAUCCUCUGCAGCAGCAGCCACCUUUGUGGGCUGCUGAAGGACCUGGCACUGGCCACCAAGAAUGCAGUUCUCAAGUACCCGAGCCCUGCAGCCCUGGGGCACCUCCAGGCUGAGGCCAAGAAGCUGGAGAAUCACACACGACAAUUCAGAGGGACGUUGGAUUGAGGCGCUGCCGCUUCCUCCCUCAAGUUACUUCUUAGCUUCUCAGCACAACCUGGGCAACUCUGUCCCCUGGGGAAGGCCGCAGAGCAUACAGGAUGGGCCACAGCAGCCACUGUGCCCAGAGCCUGUAGUACAAGCAGCCGAGCAACUCCAGGACACUGGCUUACCCCCAGGGGGCAGGAAAGAGAGCCAGGUAUUAUGUAAGGACCUUAUGAGGAGGACAUGCCAUCUAGGGUAUGCAAAGUCAUGUUGAAAGUAACAAGGAAGAAAUCAUUUCUAUGUUGGUUAAAUGUGUGUGUGGUUUACAUUCAUUUAUUCAGCACUUAUUUAUUGGGCACUAAUUAUAUGUCAAGUUCUAAGGCUAGAGACACAGCAGUUUCUCAGCAGCCAUGCCCUCAUGAACUCACAGUCCAAUAGCGAAGACAGACAGUAAAGUGAUUAAGAAAUGCAUCUAUAAUAAAUCAGAGGCAGGGAGAAAAUACAGCCCAGGGAAGAAAAGGGAGCUCAGUUUCAAAAGAUACAUUUCUGUUGCAUCCAUUAGAAAAUGUAAUUUUUUUUUAAAUUUUGGAUUGAAUUAAUUCAGUGAGAUUGGUAUAAUUGUGUAUGUUUCUUGCACCAAAACUAUAUAUAUAUAUAUAUUUUUGCUGUUUUCUUACUGUGGUUAAAGAUGCAUGGUAUAUUCUUGCCACACAUGUUCUGUUGUGUUCCCUAUUAACUUAUUUUGUAUAUUGUAGCUUCUGUAUUGAGAAGUUCUACUGCUCAAUUAGAAAAAAAAGUUUAUAUUUCAACAGUUGCAACUCUGUGACCGUUUAUAAUAAUAUUUAAAUGUAACCAUGAA